GCCGCAGCAAUAUCAUCAACACACCCUUCCGCCUCAGACAAGGAACGAAUACGGCUAUGGCUGGCCUCCGCAUCAGUCCUGAGUCUGCCUAGUCGAUGGGGCUCUGGAAGAAACUUUCUAGCACGACCCAAGGCACUUGCGGCUAUGGCCUGAAGGCUCAGCGAGCGAUCAACCGUUUGCUUCGGCCAGCACUCUCGACCCAGAGAACAGCGAGUGCACCCUCUCUGGGAAGCGAUAUGCAAAGGCGUGGGUUGCUCGCGGACCUCCCACUACGGAGUGAGCCAUUUCCUAUCAGGCUUCCCCAAUCGGACGCAAAGCCUAUGAUCGGGGGCCCAUUUGGACCGAUCUGUGCACGACUUUCAUCGGCGUCCACAACAGUGAGAGGGUAUCUCACCGGCUCUGGCGGUCACCAUACCGUAUGCUGGGACGGGGGGGCAGGUCUGUCCCGUUCGCAACUUGCCCGACCCGCAACAGAGCACAUCCGUAAUCCGCCCCGAGAAGAGUUUGCCUACCGAGACACACCUAUCGGGCGUGCCGAUGGAAUUCCACGUUUUCACGAUUCGCCAGCCAUGUGGAGGAAGUACUGCAUAAUCAGAUUGCGCGAUAGACUAGAUUUCGAUUACCGAGAUACCCCGAAUCCACUUGGUUGGUUUCAGAAGAACCAAAACACACCUCCAACGUCAUCCUCUCAUCUCACCCAGUAAAUUUUUCUUGUCCCAUUCCCAGACUCAAUCUCUGUUCCACUGAAACAAAUCCAUUCGGCCCGGCACCGGCUCUACCGGGUU